UUCUCUCUCUCCCUCUCAUAAAAAUGUUGAGGUUUAGCGUAAAUCUCUUGAAGUUAGUCAUUUUGCUGUUAUUACUAAUCUGUUUUUUGGGGAGUGCAAUAUGCAAUGAGAAUUCUUCUGUCUUUAAUGUAUUAGACUAUGGUGCUAAAGGUGACGGUACUACAGAUGACACCAAAGCAUUUGAAGCGACAUGGAUAGAAGGUUGUAAAGUUAAAGGAUCAACUAUAGUGAUUCCAUCAGAUUAUGAUUUCCUAGUUGGACCCAUCUCUUUUUCAGGACCACACUGCGAAGAAAACAUUGUUUUCCUGUUGGAUGGGAGAAUUAUAGCACCAACAAACCCUAAAGUUUGGGGUUCAAAAGGGCUAUUGCAAUGGCUUGAAUUCAAAAAGCUAAAUGGAAUAUCUGUUAAAGGAAAAGGAACUAUUGAUGGUCAAGGCUCAGUUUGGUGGCAAAACACUCAUUUAGAAGAUCCUGAUGAUGAUCCAAAUAUUACUACGCUAUUUGCUUUGACAAGUAGCACAGCAAAAGGAAAAAUGCCCAGAACCAGACCAACAGCUCUGAGGUUUUAUGGGUGUUCUAAUGUGGUAGUAACAGGAAUAACAAUCCAAAACAGCCCAAAAGCACAUGUAAAGUUUGAUAGUUGUGUGAGUGUUCAAGUUUCAGGUAUCACAGUUUCAUCCCCAGAAGAUAGCCCCAAUACAGAUGGAAUUCACCUUCAGAACUCCCAAAAUGUUGUUAUCCAUAGCAGUGAUCUUGCUUGUGGAGAUGAUUGCAUCUCUAUACAAAGUGGAACUUCAGCUGUGUUCAUUCAGGAUGUGAAGUGUGGACCUGGACAUGGAUUUAGCAUAGGAGGGCUGGGAAAAGACAACACCAAAGCCUGUGUCUCCAACAUAACAGUUCGUGAUUCCACACUACAUAAUACUUUGACUGGUGUACGAAUCAAAACAUGGCAGGGAGGCUCAGGUUCAGUUCAAGGAAUCAUGUUUGCAAAUAUCCAAGUUUUAGAUGUGGAAACACCAAUAAUGAUAGAUCAAUUCUAUUGUGAUAAAAGCAAAUGCAAGAAUCAGACAUCAGCAGUGGCCAUCUCAGGGGUUUCAUAUCAAUCAAUAAAAGGAACUUAUUCAUAUGAACCACUUCAUUUUGCAUGCAGUGAUUCUGUGCCAUGCACUGGUGUUUCCCUUGCAGACAUAGAGCUUAAACCUUCACCAGAAAAGGAGAAUUUUCAUGGACCUUAUUGUUGGCAAACUUAUGGAAAAUUGAAAACAAAGACAACCCCUCCUAUUGAUUGCAUUCAACCCGAUCAAGACACCCCUGGUUAUGAUUCUUGUUGAUUUCCAUAGUGAUUAAUUAAUAAUUAGAAGUAUUAUUCUCUCAUUCAGUUGCAAGGGCGGAUCGGUUCAGCCGAAACUAGUAGCUUUAGCCAAGACCCUAUAUAUGUAUUAAGAAAUCUACUAAAUAUAUACAGAUGUUAAAUUUCAAACCUAAUAUCUCAAAUAGUCAGUAGGUUCAAUUAGCAUCCUGAACCUAUGAAGUUCAAAUCCUCGAUCGAUCCGCUAUUAGUGCUGGGAUAUUGAUGUACAAAAUCUAGC